AUGUUGCGGAAGAAUCCUCGUGAGGACGAUCAUUUCCAUUCUGAAAAUAAGUUGAAACAACAGCAAGAACCUGUAGUACAGUUGGUAAAUGUGUCCUAUGAGCCACACAAAUCGCCGGAUCGGGUCACGGCAUUGCUGAGUUAUCGGGAACUAAAGGAAAGGUUUCCUCCUGGC